AUGGAUGUCAUAGACGUGCUCGUCUUUGGCUCAACCCUUCCUUUGGGUCCCAUUGAGAAACGGUUUGAGUGGAAAAGUGGUGGAGUACUAAGGCUCUCUCUGCGAUUGGUGUGCUUCACUGCGUCACACACCAAUGAUAAAGGACUGGGCGCCCGUGCUUUGGGUACCAGUCAGCUGAGAGCAUUGUCUCGGGCUAUUCUCACGGCACCGGCAAG